AUGGGACUUGCUCCGACGUCUCAUGUCCUGUUCAACAAGUUCAUGCACUUCAACCCAAAGAACCCACACUGGCCCAACCGAGAUCGUUUCGUUCUCUCAAAUGGACACGCCUGUGUUCUACAAUAUACCCUCCUCCACCUUUUUGGAUAUGCCCUGUCCAUGGAUGAUAUGAAAGCCUUCAGGAAACUUGGCAGUAUCACUCCCGGUCAUCCUGAAGCUCACGACACCCCUGGAGUCGAGGUCACCACUGGGCCCCUCGGUCAGGGCAUUGCCAAUGCUGUUGGCCUUGCUGUUGCCCAGGCUCAUUCUGCUGCCGUGUUCAACAGACCAGGAUACAACUUGUUCGACAACUACACAUACUGCAUCUUCGGUGAUGGAUGUGCUAUGGAGGGUGUUGCCAGCGAGGCUGCCAGUGCUGCCGGCCACCUGAAACUUGGCAACCUAAUCUGCCUAUACGAUGACAACCAUGUCUCUAUUGAUGGUGAUAUCAAGUGUGCUUUCACCGAAGAUGUAUGUGCGCGCUUCGAGUCCUACGGAUGGCACGUUCAGCACGUGAAGGACGGUAACCAUGAUCUGGAGGGCAUCGAAGCCGCCAUCCAAAAGGCAAAGGAAGUCACCGACAAGCCUUCUAUGAUCAAGAUCACUACCACCAUCGGUUUCGGUUCCCUUCUUCAGGGUACUGGCGGCGUUCACGGCAACCCCCUCAAAGCUGAUGACACCAAGCAGCUCAAGCAGGCCUUUGGCUUCAACCCUGAAGAGACCUUUGUCGUUCCUCAGGAAGUCUACGACCUCUACCACCGCCGCUCUGCUGAGGGUGCCGCUAAAGAGAAGGAAUGGAACGACCUCUUUGCUAAAUACGCACAAGAAUACCCCAAGGAGCAUGCCGACCUCAAGCGUCGUUUGUCCGGUGAGCUCCCAGAGGGAUGGGAGAAAUGCUUGCCUGUCUACUCCCCAAGUGACCCAGCCAUUGCAUCCCGCAAGCUUUCUGAGGCCGUGAUCGAGAAGAUCUACGAUGUUAUCCCAGAGUUUGUCUGCGGAUCCGCUGACUUGACUGGAUCCAACAACACCCGCUGGAAGAAGGCCGUUGACUUCCAGCCACCAUGCCUUGGUAUUGGUGAAUGGUCCGGCCGUUACUUCAGAUAUGGCGUCCGUGAGCAUGGCAUGGCCGCCAUGAUGAACGGUAUGGCUGCCUACGGCACCAUGCUCCCAGCUGCUGGAACUUUCCUCAACUUCGUUUCCUACGCAGCCGGAGCUGUCCGUCUGUCCGCUUUGUCCGGCGUUCGCGUUAUCUACAUCGCAACCCACGACUCAAUCGGAUUGGGAGAGGAUGGCCCAACACAUCAGCCCAUCGAAACCCUCGCUCACUUCCGUGCCCUUCCCAACUUGAUGGUGUGGCGUCCAGCUGAUGGCAACGAGACCAGUGCUGCUUACUACUCCGCCCUUACUGCUAAGAGCACACCCUCCAUCCUUGCCCUUACCCGCCAGAACCUCCCACAGCUCGAGGGUUCUACCAUCCAGAAGGCACUCAAAGGUGGUUACGUUGCCGUUGAGGCCGAGAAUGCUAACAUCACCAUCGUCAGUACUGGAUCUGAAGUUGGUAUCUGUAUCGAUGCUGCCAAGUUCCUCAAAGAGAAGCACAACAUCGUUGCCCGCAUUGUCUCCAUGCCCUGCUUCGAAGUAUUCGAUACUCAGGACAAGGAGUACAGACUCAGCGUUAUCCCAGAUGGCAUCCCAUCUCUUAGCGUCGAAGUCAUGAGCACCCUUGGCUGGGAGAGAUACUCGCACGAACAAUUCGGUCUCAACCGCUUCGGUGCAUCUGGUCCAUACAAGGAGGUCUAUGCUAAAUUCGAAUUCACUCCAGAGGGUAUCAGCAAGCGUGCCAUUGCUACUAUCGACUUCUACAAGGGUGUCACCGUUCGCUCCCCAAUCAACCGUGCUUUCCAGCAACUCAUUUAA